UUUUUCACGUUCAUUAUCAAAGCUGCAGCUGUCGUAAAUCAUGCACGGACUACGCUUGCUGUUGAUCUUGCUCUUGAUACAGCAAGGACGGAGUAAAGACUUUGGUGCUGAGCUGCUGUCGCGCAUUGUGCCGGAGACAAAACCAAUUGAGCAGGAGCUGGCAGUACGUGAGCUCAUAGAACGUGUGCUGGGCGAGCGUGCAGCGAAUUUAUUUGAAGUGCAGGUGGAUAAGUCGCUGGAGCUGCGCAGCUAUCAGAUUGAACUGCUGACUACGCGCAAAGUGCGCAUUGCUGGCUGGGAUGGUGUGUCAGUCUGCAAGGGUUUGCAUUAUUAUCUGAAGUACGCUCUGCACAAAGAUGUGGACUGGUUUAAGACUCAAAUCGAGCUGCCCGACAAUCUGCAGCUGCCGAAUAUAACUUAUCGCUCCACAAGCGCCAGUGCCAUUGUUUAUUAUCAAAAUGUAUGCACUUGGAGCUACAGCUUUGCCUGGUGGAACUUUGCGCAGUGGCGUAGACACAUUGAUUGGAUGGCGCUCAUGGGCAUCAAUCUCAGUCUAGCGCCCAAUCAGGAGCACAUUUGGCAGCAGCUAUAUCAAGAGCUUGGACUAAGCGCUGAGGAAAUUGCUGCACACUUUGCUGGACCUGCAUUUCAAGCUUGGCAGCGCAUGGGCAACAUACGCGGCUGGGCAGGUCCAUUGCCGCCCACGUACACCAGACUACAGCAGCUGCUGCAGCAGCAAGUGCUCCAAGCACAACGUGCGCUGGGCAUGAGCGUAGCGCUGCCUGCAUUUGCUGGACAUGUGCCUGUAGCUAUGCGUCGCAUCUAUCCAAAUGCCAGUUUGACCGCUAUGGAGCGCUGGAAUCACUUUCCCAGCAGCUAUUGCUGCAGCUUGUUUGUGGAGCCCAGUGAUCCACUUUUCAAGCAGCUGGCUACGUUGUUUCUGCAGCGUGUGCAGCAAACUUAUGGCAGCAAUCACAUUUACUUUAGUGAUCCCUUCAAUGAAAUGCGUCCGCGUCUGGCUGAGCCGGCGUAUGUCGAGGCGACAGCCAAGGCUAUAUAUGAAUCCAUGCAUGCAGUGGAUGCUCAAGCUGUAUGGCUGCUGCAGGGUUGGAUGUUUUUGCGCACAAGCUUUUGGUCGGAUGCCUUGGUGCAGGCUUUUCUUACUGCUGUGCCGCUGGGCAAUAUUCUGGCGCUGGAUUUGCAAAGCGAGCAGUUUCCACAGUAUCAACGCACUUACUCCUACUAUGGGCAGCCUUUUGUCUGGUGCAUGCUGCAUAAUUUUGGUGGCACGCUGGGCAUGUUUGGCUCCGUGGAGAUUAUAAACAAAGGCAUUACUGCAGCUAGACGUUUGCCACAUGGCAGCAUGGUGGGCGUUGGGAUAACACCCGAAGGCAUUGGACAGAACUAUGUGCUGUAUGCGCUGACGCUAGAGCGCGCCUGGAGCGACGCUGAGCUGCAGCUGGUUGAUUGGUUUAAUUAUUACGCUUGGACACGUUAUGGCGUCAAUGAUACGCGUCUAGCUCAAGCCUGGCAGCUGCUGCGUGGCAGCGUCUAUUCCUACUACGGACUAGAGCGCAUGCGCGGCAAAUAUGCCAUCAAUCGACGUCCUAGUCUAGGUCAAACACCCUGGACCUGGUACAACAGCUCCAGCAUUGAGCAAGCCUGGCAGCUGCUGCUGUCAGCCAAUGCUAUUAUACCACUGGAGGACGACAAGUACGCCAUGUAUGCUCAUGAUCUGGUGGACAUAACGCGUCAAUUUCUACAGCAAAGCGCUGAUCAGCUUUAUGUUAAUCUCAAGUCUGCUUAUCGCAAGAAGCAGCUGCAGCGCUUUGAAUAUUUGGGCAGCAAGCUGCUACUACUGCUGGAUGACUUGGAGCUCAUACUAGCAAGUAGCUCACACUUUUUGCUUGGCUCCUGGCUGCAGUCCAGCAAGCAAUUGGCACCAACGUCACAGCUACGCGCUAACUUCGAAUUCAAUGCACGCAAUCAAAUCACAGCUUGGGGUCCAGAUGGUCAAAUACUCGACUAUGCCUCCAAGCAGUGGUCCGGCCUUGUUGCUGACUACUACAAGCCACGUUGGCAGCUAUUCCUGGAUGCUGUUACCUUAGCGCUGCAGUCCCAGCGCUCCUUUAAUGCCACCGAUUAUAAACUGCGCGUUGCCAAAGAGAUUGAGCUGCCUUUUAGUUAUGAAACCAAGGAGUACCCCACGCAUUCCAUUGGCGACAGUUGGUACAUUUCGCAGCAAAUCUAUGCCAGAUGGCUAGACUUCUCUAAGGAUACACAAUUUCUGCAUUAUAAUUGCUUGCCUGUUAAUAUACGUUACACUGAAUUUUGACAUUUUAUAACUUAACUAAAAAUA